GACGCGCCAAUUCUCCGGCUCGAGCCUCGGCCCAACAAAAUGGCGUCGGCGGCGGCGUCGCUUUGUUUCAGCGGCUCCUGCGGCGGCGGCAGUGGUAGCGGCCUUUGAGCUGUAGGGAGGAUCCAGCAGCAGCUGCGGUGACUACUAAGAUUCCAGUACUUUUCGUUCACGAUCGGGCACUGGGGAACGAGGAACGGUACCCAAGGGUUGCCGAAGCCAGGCAGGCGUCCGAGCCAAAAACAUGACCGCUGAGCCCAUGAGGUAAAACGCAAGCCCUUGUCACGGGCCCCGGCGUUCUGCUCCCGGGAGCCUUCCACUCGAGUGGGGUGUUUGCAAAGACGUGCGCUAGGCGCCCUAGGCCCGCGCGCGGCUUCGCGGUCAGCGGCAUCGUUUUCCCUCUAGGUCUUCAACAUCUGGGAUGGCCUGAGCACAUUCUGAGUCAUUGUUCACCCAGAAAUGUGCUUUGCUAAUCUUCUAGGCACUUCUCAAUCCAGUAAUAAAGUUGACAAGUAAGAUCAACUGUUCCAAAUCCAUGAAAGCAAGUUGAAUACAUUGGUGCAGAAGCUACAUGACUUCCUAGCACAUUCAUCAGAAGAAUCUGAAGAAACGUGUUCUUCUCCACAACUUGUAAUGAACCAAACCACAGAUAAAAACAGUGGUUCUGCAAUUAACUCUGAUAUGAUGGAAAAUAACAAGGAAGAGGGAACUAGCACCUCAGAAAAAUCCAAAUCUUCAGGAUCUUCAAGGUCAAAGAGGAAGCCUACAAUUGUGACAAAAUAUAUAGAAUCUGAUGAUGAAAAACCCAUGGAUGAGACUGUAAAUGAAAAAGCUGCUAAUGAGAAUUCAGAAAAUGAUAUUACUAUGCAAAGCUUGCCAAAAGGUACAGUGAUUGUACAACCAGAGCCAGUGCUGAAUGAAGACAAAGAUGAUUUUAAAGGGCCUGAAUUUAGAAGCAGAAGUAAAAUGAAAACUGAAAAUCUCAAAAAACGCGGAGAAGAUGGACUUCAUGGGAUUGUGAGCUGCACAGCUUGUGGACAACAGGUCAAUCAUUUUCAAAAAGAUUCCAUUUAUAGACAUCCUUCACUGAAUGUUCUUAUUUGUAAGAACUGCUUUAAGUAUUACAUGAGUGACGAUAUUAGCCGUGACUCAGAUGGAAUGGAUGAACAAUGUAGAUGGUGUGCAGAAGGUGGGAACUUGAUUUGCUGCGACUUUUGCCAUAAUGCCUUCUGUAAGAAAUGCAUCCUACGCAACCUUGGUCGAAAGGAAUUGUCUACAAUACUGGAUGAAAACAAUCAAUGGUAUUGCUACAUUUGUCAGCCAGAGCCUCUGUUGGACUUGGUCACUGCAUGUAAUAGUGUAUUUGAGAAUUUAGAACAGUUGUUGCAACAAAAUAAGAAGAAGAUAAAAGUUGACAGUGAAAAGAGUAGUAAAGUAUGUGACCAAACACCCAAAUUUUCUCCAAAGAAGAAUAGUUCCAGUUGUAAUGGAGAAGAGAAGAAAUUAGAUGAUUCACAUUCUGGCUCUGUAACUUGUACUUACUCAGCACUAACUGUGCCCAAAGAGAUGCUUAAGAAGACAAAAAAACUGAUUGAGACUACGUCCAACAUGAACUCCAGUUACAUUAAGUUUCUCAAGCAGGCAGCAGACAAUUCAGAAAUGAGUUCUGCUGUGAAGUUACGUCAGCUUAAAGCUUUUAAAUCUGUGUUGAUUGAUAUCAAGAAGGCUCAUAUUGCAUUAGAAGAAGAUUUAAAUUCUGAGAUCCGAGCUUUGGUUGCUGUACACAAAGAGAAAAAUACCAAAGAGCUUAAAAUCACUGAUGCAAAGUCUGAAACAAAAGUGCGAAAGGGGGAAAAAUCCUAUACUCCAGAAAAGAAAGAUUCUUUAAAGUCAGAUGCUAGGUCAUCAAAGAUGACAGGCGACGAGCACAUCCCAGGGGAAGAGCACAAAGGAAAUAAAAGUACUAGUGGUGAACACAAGGGUUCGGGUAGGAAAGAUGGACCUCAGUAUGAACCUAAUACUUCUGAAGAUUUAGACAUGGAUAUUGUGUCUGUUCCUUCCUCAGUUCCUGAAGACAUUUUCGAUAGCCUUGAGUCUGCUAUGGAAGUUCAGUGUUCAUCUGAUUGUCAAGGAGAUGGCAACAGUGGGACCGAACCAGAAAUGGAGAUACCAUGUCUAAAACUUAUCACCUCUUCGAAAGACAGAAGAGGAAGUGCUAAGUCAAAAAUGGCAGCGAAAGUAAGAAAAGAAUUAUAUGUUAAACUCACCCCAGUUUCCCUUUCUAAUUCCCCAGUUAAAGGUGCUGACUGUCAGGGAGUUUCACAAGAGAAGGAUGGCCAUAAAAGUUCCAGGGUGACCCCCAACUCAGACAAAUGUGGACUGGAAGAGGAAAAUAGUGAUAAUGAACAUUCAGUUGAAAAUGAUGUUGCAUUAUUUUUAGAAGAAUCUGAUCUUCGAAGAUCCCCACGUGUAAAAACUACACCGUUGAGGAGACAAACAGAAAUUAACCCUGCAAUAUCCAAUUCAGAUGAAGAAAGUAAUGAAACUAUUAAAGAGAAACGAAAGCUGUCAGUUCCAUUAAGAAAAAAGGAUAAGCGAAAUUCUUCUGACUUUGCUGUUGGUCACCCUAAGUCUCAUAAGGUACGCAAAACUAAGCAACCAGAGAUUGCAGAUCAGAAUUCAGAUUCUGAUGAAAUGCUUGCAGUCCUUAAAGAGGCAAGCCAGAUGAGUCACAGCUCUUCUUCAGACACUGACAUUAAUGAAAUACUGAUGAAUCACAAAGUUGAAACAGGCAAAGAUGAUAAUGGAAAAAGGAAACGGAAAAAUUCUACUUCUGGGUCAGAUUUUGACAUUAAAAAAGGAAAGUCAGUUGAAACGUCUAUUAUCUUGAAAAAGAAGCGUCAAAACUACUCGGAGUCCUCUAACUAUGACUCAGAGUUGGAGAGAGAGAUAAAAGUUAUGAGCAGAAUUGGAGCUGCCAGAAUAACUAAAAAAGGUGUUUCAGAUAAGAAAGAACGUGACUUUUCUGAAGAUGAAAAACAGAGCAAAAAAGUAGUGGAUGAUGAAGGGCAGGAAAGUGUGAAGACUGUACAAGGAGGAUUGUCUGGUGACGAUACUGGAGACACUGAAAAACAGGGAGAGAAUUUGUCUGCAUCGGAAGGUUCAGUUGAGAAAGGGAAGAGUGCAGUGGAUUCAAGGGAGAUGCAUUGCACCAGACAGCAGCCAAGUAUUUCAUCUGAUGGCCUGGAAAAGCCUUCAGGGGGAGAGGAGGAUGUAAAUUCUGAUGGCAAGAGAGUUUCUAAAACUAAAGAGAAGAGUAAACAUCUGAGAACCAGAGCAUGUAGAAAAGCACAGCGUGGGUCAUCUGAUGCUACUGAUAGAUUUCCAAAGAAAGAGCAGAGUGAUGAAUCUUCUGAAGGUGAGAAAAAGCAAAACAGACAGGGAGCUGGAGCAAAAGCAAAGAAAACUAUAGACUUAAAGGAAGAAGCAAUUAAGACAGAGCAACAGUAUGAGUCUUCCUCUGAUAGUACUGAGAAAUUGCCCGAGGGAGAAGAAAGUGGUCAUUUUUCUAAAGAUAUAAAACAAAAUAAGAAUGAAACAACUGAUGAAGAAAAGAAAGGCAAAAAAGUGAAAGAUAAAUUAUCUAAAAAGAAGGAAGAUGUAUCUGAUGGUGUUGAUAAGUUGACAAGCAAAAGAGACAGUUGUGACUCUUCAGAAGAUAAAAAGAACAAGAAUAGAGUGUCUCAAAGAGAGAAGAAGAAAUCCAGCUUACCUGCAAAGAGUUCAGGCAAGAGGCCAGAGUGUUCAUCAUCAGAUACUGAGAAAUAUUCCUUGAAAAGAGAGUGCUGUGACUCUACUAGUAGACCGAAAAGAACUGAAUUAAGAGAAAGAAGAAAUUUAAGUUUAAAGAGAAAUACCAAGGAAAUACAGAGUCGCUCAUCUUCUUCUGAUGUUGAGGGAAGUUCAGAAGAUAAUAAGAAACGGAAGAAACAAAGAACUUCAGCCAAAAAGAAGACAGGCAAUGCCAAGGAGAAAAGAGGAAACUCCUUAAGAACAAGUACUAAAAGAAAGCAAGCAGCCAUUACCUCUUCGUCUUCUGAUAUAGGAGAUGAUGACCAGAAUUCUGCAGGUGAGGAGAGCAGCGAUGAACAGAAAAUAAAACCUGUGACUGAGAAUUUAGUGCUGCCUUCACAUACUGGAUUUUGUCAGUCUUCAGGAGAUGAAGCCUUAUCUAAAUCAGUGCCUGUCACAGUGGAUGAUGACGACGACGACAAUGAUCCUGAGAAUAGAAUUGCCAAGAAGAUGCUUCUAGAAGAAAUUAAAGCCAAUCUUUCCUCUGAUGAGGAUGGAUCUUCAGAGGUUGAACCUGAAGGAGAGAAAAAGAGAACUGGAAAACCAAGUGAAGAACCUCCCGGAGAUGAGGAAGCCCCAAAUCAAGUCAAUUCUGAAUCAGAUUCAGAUUCUGAAGAAUCUAAGAAGCCAAGAUACAGACACAGACUUUUGAGGUACAAACUGACUGUGAGUGAUGGAGAAUCUGGAGAAGAAAAAAAGACAAAUCCUAAAGAACAUAAAGAAACCAAAGGAAGAAUUAGAAGAAAGAUGAGCAGUGAGGAUUCAGAAGAUACUGAUUUUCAAGAGUCAGGAGUUAGUGAAGAAGUGAGUGAAUCUGAGGAUGAGCAGCGGCCUAGGACAAGGUCUGCAAAGAAAGCAGAAUUGGAAGAAAAUCACCGGAGUUAUAAACAGAAAAAGAAAAGACGACGGAUUAAGGUUCAAGAGGAUUCAUCCAGUGAAAAUAAGAGCCAUUCUGAAGAAGAAAGAAAGGAAGAUGAUGAGGAUGAAGAUGAGGAUGAGGAGGAAGAAGAUGAAAAUGAUGAUUCUAAGUCACCUGGAAAAGGCAGAAAGAAAAUUCGGAAGAUUCUUAAAGAUGAUAAACUGAGAACAGAAACCCAGAAUGCCCUUAAAGAAGAGGAAGAGAGACGGAAGCGUAUUGCUGAGAGGGAACGUGAGAGAGAGAAAUUAAGAGAGGUGAUAGAAAUUGAGGAUGCCUCACCUACUAAGUGUCCAAUAACAACCAAAUUGGUUUUAGAUGAAGAUGAAGAAACCAAAGAACCUUUAGUGCAGGUUCAUAGAAACAUGGUUAUAAAAUUGAAACCCCACCAAGUAGAUGGUGUUCAGUUUAUGUGGGAUUGCUGCUGUGAGUCUGUGAAAAAGACAAAGAAAUCCCCAGGUUCAGGGUGUAUUCUUGCCCACUGUAUGGGCCUUGGAAAGACCUUGCAGGUGGUCAGUUUUCUUCACACAGUUCUUUUGUGUGACAAAUUGGAUUUCAGUACAGCUUUAGUGGUUUGUCCUCUUAACACUGCUUUGAAUUGGAUGAAUGAAUUUGAGAAGUGGCAGGAGGGAUUAAAUGAUGAUGAAAAGCUUGAGGUCUGUGAAUUAGCAACCGUGAAACGUCCACAGGAGAGAAGUUAUAUGCUACAGAAAUGGCAAGAAGAUGGUGGUGUUAUGAUCAUAGGGUAUGAGAUGUAUAGAAACCUUGCUCAAGGAAGGAAUGUGAAGAGUCGGAAACUUAAAGAAAUAUUUAAUAAAGCUUUAGUUGAUCCAGGCCCUGAUUUUGUUGUUUGUGAUGAAGGCCAUAUUCUAAAAAAUGAAGCAUCUGCUGUUUCAAAAGCUAUGAACUCUAUACGAUCUAGGAGGAGGAUUAUUUUAACAGGAACACCACUUCAAAAUAACCUGAUUGAGUAUCAUUGCAUGGUUAACUUUAUCAAAGAAAAUUUGCUUGGAUCCAUCAAGGAGUUCAGGAAUAGAUUCAUAAAUCCAAUCCAAAAUGGUCAGUGUGCAGACUCCACCAUGGUCGAUGUGAGAGUGAUGAAAAAGCGUGCUCAUAUCCUCUAUGAGAUGCUGGCUGGAUGUGUUCAGAGGAAAGAUUAUACAGCAUUAACAAAGUUCUUGCCUCCAAAACAUGAAUAUGUAUUAGCUGUGAGAAUGACUGCUAUUCAGUGCAAGCUCUAUCAAUACUACUUAGAUCACUUAACAGGUGUAGGCAAUAGCACUGAAGGCGGAAGAGGAAAGGCAGGCGCAAAACUCUUCCAAGAUUUUCAGAUGUUAAGUAGAAUCUGGACUCAUCCCUGGUGUUUACAGCUGGACUACAUUAGCAAAGAAAAUAAGGGUUAUUUUGAUGAAGAUAGUAUGGAUGAAUUUAUAGCUUCAGAUUCUGAUGAAACCUCCGUGAGCUUAAGCUCAGAUGAGUAUGCAAAAAAGAAGAAAACAAAGGGUAAAAAAGGGAAAAAGGAUAUUAGCUCAAGUGAAAGUGGUAGUGACAAUGAUGUUGAAGUCAUCAAAGUCUGGAAUUCAAGAUCUAGAGGAGGCGGAGAAGGAAAUGUGGAUGAAACAGGAAACAACCCUUCAGGUUCUUUGAAGCUAGAAGAAAGUAAAACCACUUCCACUUCUAACCCAAGUAGCCCAGCUCCAGAUUGGUACAAAGAUUUUGUUACAGAUGCUGAUGCAGAGGUUUUAGAGCAUUCUGGAAAAAUGGUACUACUUUUUGAAAUUCUUCGAAUGGCUGAAGAAAUUGGGGAUAAAGUUCUUGUCUUUAGCCAGUCGCUCAUAUCUCUGGACUUGAUUGAAGAUUUUCUUGAAUUGGCUAGUAGGGAGAAAACAGAAGAUAAAGAUAAACCUCUUAUUUAUAAAGGUGAAGGUAAGUGGCUCCGGAAUAUUGACUAUUACCGCUUAGAUGGUUCUACUACUGCACAGUCAAGGAAGAAGUGGGCUGAAGAAUUUAAUGAUGAAACCAAUGUGAGAGGGCGAUUGUUUAUCAUUUCGACCAAAGCAGGAUCUCUUGGAAUUAACCUGGUAGCUGCUAAUAGAGUGAUCAUAUUCGAUGCUUCUUGGAAUCCAUCUUAUGACAUCCAGAGUAUAUUCAGAGUUUAUCGCUUUGGACAAACUAAGCCUGUUUAUGUAUAUAGGUUCUUAGCUCAGGGAACCAUGGAAGAUAAGAUUUAUGAUCGACAGGUAACAAAGCAGUCACUGUCUUUCCGAGUUGUUGAUCAACAGCAGGUUGAACGUCAUUUUACCAUGAAUGAGCUUACUGAACUUUAUACUUUUGAGCCAGACUUACUAGAUGACCCUAACUCAGAAAAGAAGAAGAAAAGGGAUACCCCCAUGCUGCCAAAGGAUACCAUACUUGCAGAACUUCUUCAGAUACAUAAAGAACACAUUGUAGGAUAUCAUGAACAUGAUUCUCUUUUGGACCACAAAGAAGAAGAAGAGCUAACUGAAGAGGAAAGAAAAGCAGCUUGGGCUGAAUAUGAAGCAGAAAAGAAGUCAUUGGACGGAGCAAUGAAGACGAGAGAGGUCACAUUUGAAGGAAGACACAUCAAUGUAGUUGUUCCUCAGGGACUGACCAUGCGUUUCAACAUACCGACUGGGACCAAUUUACCCCCUGUCACUUUCACCUCUCAAACUCCUUAUAUUCCUUUUAACUUGGGAGCCCUGUCAGCAAUGAGUAAUCAACAGCUGGAGGACCUUAUUAAUCAAGGCAGAGAAAAGGUUGUAGAAGCAACGAACAGUGUGACAGCAGUGAGGAUCCAGCCUCUUGAAGAUAUCAUUUCAACUGUAUGGAAAGAAAACAUGAAUCUCUCUGAGGCCCAAGUACAAGCACUAGCAUUAAGUAGACAAGCCAGCCAGGAGCUUGACGUGAAACGAAGAGAAGCAAUCUACAAUGAUGUAUUGACAAAACAACAGAUGUUAAUCAGCUGUGUGCAGCGAAUACUUAUGAACAGAAGACUCCAGCAGCAGUACAAUCAGCAGCAACAGCAACAAAUGACUUAUCAGCAAGCAACACUGAGUCACCUCAUGAUGCCAAAGCCUCCAAAUUUAAUCAUGACUCCUUCUAACUACCAGCAGAUUGAUAUGAGAGGAAUGUAUCAGUCAGUGGCUGCUGGUAUGCAGCCACCACCCUUACAACGUGCACCGCCCCCAAUGAGAAGCAAAAAUCCAGGACCUUCCCCGGGGAAAUCAAUGUGAUUUUGCACUAAAAGCUUAAAGGAUUAUUAAAAUCAUAGAAAGAUCUUUUAUUUUUUUAGGAAUCAAUGACUUAACAGAACUCAACUGUAUAAAUAGUUUGGACCCCUUAAAUGCCAAUCUUCCAUAUUAGUUUAAAAUUUUUUUAAAUAUGGCAUACCAUUUCUCUCUGACAUUUGUCAGUGAUGUUGCCUACAAUCUUCUUACACACAUUGAGUACAGAAGAUAUUUCAAAUUGUUUUCAGUGAAAACAAAUCCUUCCAUAACAGUAACAGCUCCACAGAUUUCCUCUCUAAAUUUUUAUGCCUGCUUUUAGCAACCAUAAAAUUGUCAUAAAAUUAAUGAAUUUAGAAAUUAAUAAAGAUUUAUAUAUUCGCUCUUUACAUAUAAAACCACACAGCUGAGUUCUUAGAGUUGAUUCCUCAAGUUAUAAAAAUACUUUUGUACUUAAUCCAUUUCUUGAUUAGAGUGAUUGAAAUGGUCUUAAUGUUCUUUUGACUGAAGUCUGAAACUGGGCUCCUGCUAUGCUGUGUCUGUGAUUAAAAGUUAGAUCUAAGGGUCAUCUUAGACACAGAAGCAUAUGCAAUAUUCUUAAAUACUACUACUUUAAAGUUGGAGGAGCCUUGCAGUUAUCUUAGCAUUGUAUAAACAGCCUUAAGUACAGUUGAAUACAAGGAAAUUCCUUUUUCUUAUUUAGUCUCUCUGCCAUUUUUUAUUUCCAGUUGUAUGUGCUGAAAUAAUUACUGGUAAGAUUUCGGGGUGUGGGUUAUUUUCUGCACAUGCGUUUCUUGUCUCCUGGCACCAAUGGAAACACGUCUGUCAGCCAUUGUGCCAGUGCUGGUGCUUCAUCCUGUUGCUGGCAGUGGGAUGCAAACUAAGAAAAUCAAGUUAGAACAUUUGAAGAGGUUAGUGCUGAAGCUGUGGUAUUAAGCUCACACCCUGUUUUAUAAACAACAUCAAAAUGGCAGAACCGUUGCUGACUUUAAGUUCACAUGAGGAAUGUGCUUUAACAGUCCCCAGUACUGUCAGUAUUGCAGAAUAAUUCCUCUUAAAGAUUAGGAUCACUGGCUUCUUUCUGCUCACCACCGUGUUCUUUUUUCCCAGUUCCUUUAAAUUUUAUUUUAGUAACUUGUUUUCAAGUUUGAUAUUUUUCCAGUAUUGAUCUCUGGGGUGAUUUUUAUUUUGCAUAAAGUUAAUUCACCCAAUUCUUAAAGGUUUCUUACUAUAAAAUCAUUUAAUUUCUUUUUCUAGAUCCAGGUUUAUGAAAAGUGAUAUACAAUUUUAUUCAUGUUCAAUUUGAUUGCUUGAGUUUCUUCAAUAAAAAGAUCGUGUUUGACUGUGGGAGUCAACUCAUCACAGCAAUACCAUUUAUGAAACGAUGAUGUAACAAGUAGUAGAAAUAGCUAAAGAAAAGCUGGGUAGAGUAUUUGUUGUAGGCAUCUCUCUGGACUUGAUUGAAUUGAACAUGAGCUAAACAUUGAGCUAACAUUGAACGUGGUUUUAGUUGUUUGCAUAAUAAAAGAUUUCCAUUUUUAUCUUGGAAGAACUAGUGGCUGAAACAUCCACACACACUGUUUGUGAUGAAUGUUGUGAGGUUUGGUGUCUCCACCUUCCCGUGAUGAAACACACUAAUGAACUCCAUGUAUUUGGAUAUCAAGUUCAUUUCAUUGGAGGGGGCAGGUGUGUGUUUACUUUGGAAGAAAUAAAAGAAGCAAGAUUUAUGAGGUAAAUAUUUGAAAGUAUGCUCUGGCCAACUGUUAUCAGAAUACUUUAAAACUGAUUUACUAGACCUUGGAAUUUUCAACAUGGUCUAAUUAUUUACUCAAAGACAUAGAUGUGAAAAUUUUAGGCAACCUUCUAAUCUGUUUUCGCAAUGGAUGAAGCUAUAACUUGAAGAAUAGGAAUUAGAAGGACUAAUUGGAAAUCAGAGUUUGAAAUAAAUCUUGGACCACUUUGCAUACACUCUUCUCACUUGACAUCUUAGCAACAUGAUAUAUGUACUUUGAGUAUAACAUCAACUUUUAACAAAUAUUUAAAGACAGAAAUCACAUAAGAUACUAAAAAGCUCAUUUUUAUAUUUGUUUUAGAUGUUUUAAAUAGUUGCAAUGGCUUAAAAUGACGAUUUAAAAUGUUGCUUGUAAUACAGUUUUGCCUGCUAAAUUUUCCACAUUUUGUAACCUGUUUUAUUUCUUUGGGUGUAAAGCGUUUUGGCCUAGAAUUGUGAUAUUGUAUGUUUUGUCCCAGUUGUAUAGUAAUGUUUCAGUCCAUCAUCCAGCUUUGGCUGCUGAAAUCAUACAGCUGUGAAGAUUUGCCUUGGUUUCUGUUAGACUGCUAUUCAGUUCUGUAUUGAGUAUCUUAAGUACUGUAGAAAAGAUGUCACUGCUUCCUUUAAGGCUGUUUUGUAAUAUAUAUAAGGACUGGAAUUGUGUUUUUAAAGAAAAGCAUUCAAGUAUGACAAUAUAUCUGUGUUUUCACCUUUCAAAGUGCUGUUUAGUAGUUGAAACUUAAACUAUUUAAUGUCAUUUAAUAAAGUGACCAAAAUGUGUUGUGCUUUUUCUUGCAUUUUCACAGCUUUGAAAAAAAUCUGUGCACAUAUUGUUUCAUAGAAAAAUGUAUAGCUUUUGAUGUCCUGUUUAAUGGUGGUUCUUUUGCACAUUUAGUUGUUUACUAUUUGGGAGGUCAAGAGGUUUGGUUUUUAAAUCUGUUAUAUACUAAAUUCUGUAAAAGGAGAUCUCUAACCUCAAAAAGAAUUUACAUACCAGGAA